AUGCAAGAAUGGGAAUCAAAAUUUUCUGACAAAAACUCAAGUAAUAAAUCGUCUGAUGAUUACGUCGGCGAUGAAGACGAACGCAUGGAGAUCUUCUAUUAUAAGAAGACAUGGCUUAAAACGAUUAUCACUUACAUAUCAAUAGACAAAUACGACCAGAUAUUUGUCGAGGAAGUCAUAUCACUGUCCGGGAAGAGCCAACAGCGCUAUGUUGUGCCCAAAGGCAACGGCACUUUCGACAGCACAGACUUUCUUCGAUACUUCGAGAACAAGAAGAUCCGUUACCUCUGGAAAGAACAAAACCUUAAGUUUGAAAAACUUUAUGGUUUGGAUCGAGAUAUCAUUUGUUCAACUUUUUCACAGCAUAACGGACUCAAUGAUGAACAACAAUUUCAAAGAACUGUGUUAUACGGCGAGAAUCAGAUUGAAAUCAAAGUGCAGUCUUUGUUGCAGAUAUUAUUCCAAGAAGUGUUGAGCCCUUUCUAUAUCUUUCAAGUGGCGGCUAUAGUGUUGUGGUGUUUGGAUGAGUACUACUAUUACGGCAGUUUCAUUCUUCUCAUGUCCAUCGGAUCCCUUCUCUCGAGUACUCUUCAGAUCCGCAGAAAUCAGAAGAAGUUAAGGAAAACAGUCGGCGGCGACGCUAUGAUUGAGGUGUGGAAAGGAGGGGACACUUAUCAAACACAAUCGUCCAAUCAUUUGGUUCCCGGAGAUGUCAUAGUAUUGCCAUCAAAUGGCUUUGAUAUGGUCUGCGAUGUCGUCCUCCUUAACGGCAACGCUAUUGUCGACGAAAGUAUGUUAACGGGAGAGAGUGUUCCGGUCAUGAAGUCGGCCAUCGCUGCCAGUAAUACCGACUUCAGUUGCGUUCAUCACUUCAAACACAUUAUAUUCUCGGGAACUAAAGUCAUUCAAACCCGAUAUUACGGACUCGAGAAAGUGAAAGCAGUGGUCAUACGGACCAGUUUCCAGACGGCCAAAGGCGAAUUGAUC